AUGCAGGAUGUGUUACUUUGUUCGGAUAAUAUUCAUAAUGUGGUGGCAGAGGGUGUUAUCAUUGAUGGGGUGGGUCCACUGACUAUUCAUGGUGUUCAACUGACAGACGAAUACGCGAGGGUGCGAGUCACCAAAAUGUUACAAGAGGAUGCUGAAAUCCCAUGUUCUGUUGGGGAGAUACACUAUGUUCGAGAUACUUAUGACGCAUUCCUUCCUUGGCCAAAAGAUUUAAUUAUGACUGACCAGGGUCCUCGAAGAAAGAAACCUCCUAUGUCAAAAAGUUCAUCCAAGGAUAUGUCAAAACCUCCUAUGACUAGCCCGCAUCUGUCAUCAACUGGGUCUCACGUCAAUCCAGAAAACACUCUGACCGAAGGCCAACCAUUUGCCGAUCACAUCAUGAAUCGCAUCCAUGUUAGCCUUCAGUUUAUGGUGAGAGAAUUUUGCAGAGUUAAGGGAAUAAACUCAGUCGUCUCCAUUUCAGUGGACCCAACAUUCAUGAAUCGCGAGUCAAUCUUCCUAACUUCAGAGGAUGUGGAACAAGUUGCUACCUUGCAUAUGAUUGGAGGCUCAGCAAUGAUAUUCGGAUUAAGAUGCAUUUGGGAGUCCCUAUUUCCAAAUCAGCGUGUCUAUUACAAGUUUUAUGACAUUGAACGUCUUAGCAUUAAUAAUGUUAACGAUGUAGAGCGAUCAACCAUUGACUUGGCGAAUUGGUUGAUGACCAUGGAUAGAGUUGGUCAACUUUACUUUAUACCUUGGAACAUACGGGAACAUUGGAUGUUGGUGAUUGCUAUGCCAAAAGGAAAAAUCGUGUUCUUAGAUCCAUUGAAAUCACACAAACGUCCAGAAGAAAUUGAUUCAAUGAUAAUGAGAGCUUCUUCCAAUGCAUUACUCGGCAAUCCCACAAAGAUAUUCAAUGUUACAUGUCCAAGACAACCACAAAGUCAUGAAUGUGGUUUUUAUGUCUUGAAGUACAUUAGAGAUCUUGUACGGGCAUCAAAUGCAAUGACUACCCUAAAAGAAAAAUUUGGUGGGAAGACGCAAUAUUGUGAGAUUGCAGGCCUCUUGCCAAUCCAACACGAAUGGUUAGGCAAAUUGAUGACAUACAUUUAUCAGUAAGCCUAUUUUGUUUAGUUGUAAGUUUAGUCUUUUGUAAAUGUAUUAAUGUUAAGGCUAGUUAUCUUACUUAAGUACUUGUAUUUUAUAUGCUUAUGUACAACAUUUUUAAUUAAUAAAAGUUAUCAUAUUUUCAU